UAGAGAACUACAUGGAUGGGAAGUGGUACCAGGUCCCCAAAGUGGACCAGCUGAAGAUGACUAAGCUGGACGGCCAGGAGGGGAUCUGUCUGCUCAACCUGCUGCUGAGACCGGAGUGCCAGCAGAAGUAUGACUUCAACGACUUCAACAAGAGCCAGCUAUUAAAGAUGCAAUACAGAAGAUACACCGCUAUACCCCGGCACUUGAGGAAUGUCGGGUCAAACACUGGCAGAAGCACAAGAAAGCAUGUGAGCUAAUGGCUGAAGCUGUGAGUAAACUUCAGGGGGACUUGAAAAUCGAAGCAUAGAAAACCGGCAAAACAGCGCAGAACAAGCAACUGGGAACUGAUGCACCAUCCCUGCUUAUAGGAGCGGGGAGACAGCAAAUACACACAUUAAAUAAGAACUUGAAAUUCCCAUCCUAGUGUGGAAUGGGGAAGGCAUAAUUGAACUGCAGCAGAACUUCAGAACUGAGUGAUUGCAAUUUGCAACUUGCAACUUCAUUCCCAGCUCUUCUAGCAGGGGUCACUCUUGGACAGAAGGAUUUCUUUGUUGCUGUGAUGGGAUGGUCAUUCUGAUCUGGUCCAUGUAAACGUCAGCAGAGCUUGAACAAGCCCAAUUUAACAACGUAAACAGCAAAAGAAAGAGAGGAAGCUCCGAGGUCCAGUAGCUGUUAAACUUUAUUUAUUUAACCUUUUGUAAGGACAGGGACCUGUUUUGUACACAUUUAUGUAAUUUGUAAACUAGUAGACAAAUACAGUUAAAAUAAGCCUGGAAUUGUGAUUUUUAAUCUUUGCCCGUUACCGUUCAAGUGAUGUUGUUUAUUUAGGAGUUGCAUUUUGUAUGCGAGUUAUGUUAUUUUCCUUGUAAAUAUCCCUUAACACAAUUCAAUGUCUAUCAGUUACAACUCCUACAUUUCCAACAGGACCUGGCAGUGAAUGCAGUGGCUGCAUGUUCCAUGUCUACUCAACUGAUGGAUUGUCCUAAUUCUUUAAUCCAACCAAGUACUGCAAAGGAAAAUCUGUUUCCCAAGGGAUGCAAUUCCUAGCAUCUAA